AUGGAACUCAGCACCGACUACCUCCUUGAGAAGCUACAGCAGGAUCUGGAGGCAGAGCAUGUGGAGGUGGAGGACAGGACUCUAAACCAUUACUCAACCAGCUUCCAAGUCCUGGUGGUGUCAGCUAAGAUCAAGGGAAAGCCAGUGCUUCAGAGACACCAGCUGGUGAACAAGUGCUUAGCCGAAGAACUCCCACAUAUCCAUGCCUUUGAGCAGAAAACCCAAACCCCAGAGCAGUGA